AUUUCCUUCCUGUUGCUGGGCCGCCCGCGGAGCCGACAUUGAAGGCGUCCUCGCGACUCAGCCCGACCGCUGCCCUCUCGCGACAUCAUGGUGGCGUACUGGCGACAGGCGGGACUCAGCUACAUCCGGUACUCCCAGAUCUGUGCAAAGGCCGUGAGAGAUGCACUGAAGGCGGAAUUCAAAGCGAGCGCUGAGAAAACUUCUGGCAGCACUGUAAAAAUUGUGAAAGUGAAAAAGGAGUGAUCUACCCUGACUACAGCUCGAAAUGCCACGUGUUCAAGGUGACGCUGUGGGCACUUGUUAUGGCAGACUGAGAAUGAUCUCGCUGCAUGGGGGGCAGCGUCUUGUUCAUAAAUCGACAGUGUGAAUAAAUGGAAGUGUGGUCCACUGUUGCUGUUGA